AUGCCGUCUAAGAACCACUCGAAGAAGAAGUCAGACAACAAGCAUGCCGACGAGCAUGCCAAGGAGACGCCGACACCGGCUGCUCCUCAGAAGAGCAGCGAAGAGAGCUUCCAUCUGGACGACGAGAAGAUCCGCCAGGUCUUCAAGAAGUACGACAAAGACGGCAGCGGCUACCUGGAGUUCGACGAAGUCAUGAUCCUCGCAACCGAUCUCUACGCCAAGUUCAACCCUGAUGCUCCUCCCGUCACUGGGGACCAGCGUGAGGUCGUUGCUAAGAAACUGAUGGAGAGGAUUGACCAGAAGCACGGGAACGACGAUGGGCGCCUCUCCUUUGAUGAGUUCGUUCCUUGGUAUGCAACUGCGGCGGAGAAGUACUGGAAGAUGACCCAUACUUCCCCCAACGAUACCCCGGCACCUAAGCCCAAGGCAGAGCCUGCAGCAGAGCCGCCAAAGGAGCGUGUGAAACUUGGGGCAGCCGCAGCCCCAACCUUGCCUGUGCCUCCACCAGCUGAUACAAGCUCGCCCUCCGUCGCCGUCUCGUCUUCUUCAGCUUCGAGAAGCACCACCGGACCAGCAAACGGCUUCAACGCCAACUCCAAGCAGCCCACGGGAGAUACCGUCAAGAUGGAAGAUGGAAGCACUUGGGUCACUUCCCUUGAGCAGGCUGUUCAGGUCCUGUCAGAGGGAAAGACAAAGAUUCUUGUCGCAAGAAGGAUUGGGCUCAAGGAUGCUGGCGCGAAAACGCUGGCUGAUGCACUGAAGAAGAACAAGGGUUUGGAAGAGAUCUACCUGUGCCAGAAUGACAUUGGUCCUGCCGGAGCUAAGGCUCUUGGCGAGGCCAUCGGAGCGCACGGUUCUUUGAAGGAGGUCUACCUCGGGUACAACCAGAUCUUGGAUGAAGGUGCUCAGGGCCUGGCAGAAGCCGUGGCGUCGUGCAAGACCCUCAAGGUGAUUGACAUCGACUACAACGGGAUCACCGGCGACAUCCCACAGAAGGUCGCAGCCAUCAACGCCUGCUGUGACUACUUCAACGGUGGAGAGAAGGCCAAAAUCGUCACCUCGCUCAGCAAGAUCAUGUGCUGA